GGCUAUCAGUCUCUAUUGAGAGCUUUUUUUUUUUUUUUUUCCUUUAAAUACAAGUGAGUUUGGAGAAAAGAAAGAGGGGGAGAGGGGGGCAGAGUCACUUUUUUUCAGCGCAGGAAAAGGUUCGAAGGGCAUUUAGACAAGCCACCUCGCAGCGCCCGGCCGCUCCCUGCCCGGGAGACGUGCGCCCGGCCCAUUUUAUACGCGACGAUUUCGGGGGUAAAGAGAGCAAGUUUUUCCUCCUUGAGCAAACUGCAGAUUUUCCCUCUUCCCCUUAAAAAAUACCGCAGCCCGCCUUGUCUUGCAGCAUGGCGCUUUGCUCCCGAAUCGGAUGCCGGCAGCCAAACUUGUCCCCUCCCGUAGAGUAGGAAGCAGCCGGGCGCCAGGGCUGUUGGGGGAGCCAGGAAGAACCGAGGUUGGGAUCCACUCCUCUGGCCAUGCUUGCUGCUACCUGUAAUAAGAUCGGCAGCCCCAGCCCGUCUCCCUCCUCCCUCUCGGACAGCUCUUCUUCCUUCGGCAAAGGCUUCCACCCGUGGAAACGUUCCUCGUCCUCCUCCUCCGGCAGCUGCAACGUAGUGGGUUCCAGUCUCUCGAGUUUCGGCGUGUCGGGGGCCUCCCGGAACGGCGGUACGUCCUCGGCGGCGGCGGCGGCCGCGGCGGCCGCAGCGGCGGCCGCGGCCCUGGUGUCCGACUCGUUCAGCUGCGGCGGCUCGCCGGGCUCCAGCGCCUUCUCACUAACCUCCAGCAGUGCCGCGGCCGCCGCCGCCGCGGCCGCCGCCGCCGCCUCUAGCUCGCCCUUCGCAAACGACUACUCGGUGUUCCAGGCCCCUGGUGUAUCAGGGGGUAGCGGCGGAGGGGGCGGCGGCGGCGGCGGCGGCUCCUCGGCGCACUCGCAGGACGGCUCCCAUCAGCCUGUGUUCAUUUCCAAGGUGCACACCUCGGUGGACGGGCUGCAGGGCAUCUACCCGCGCGUGGGCAUGGCGCACCCAUACGAGUCGUGGUUCAAGCCCUCGCACCCGGGCCUGGGAGCCGCCGGCGACGUGGGCUCGGCCGGCGCCUCCAGCUGGUGGGACGUGGGCGCCGGCUGGAUCGACGUGCAGAACCCGAAUGGCGCGGCGGCGCUGCCCGGCUCGCUGCACCCUGCCGCCGGGGGGCUCCAAACCUCGCUGCACUCGCCGCUCGGAGGCUACAACUCGGAUUACUCGGGCCUGAGCCACUCAGCCUUCAGCAGCGGCGCCUCCUCGCACCUGCUUAGCCCCGCCGGGCAGCACCUCAUGGACGGCUUCAAGCCAGUGCUGCCUGGCUCCUACCCGGACUCGGCCCCGUCGCCGCUGGCCGGCGCUGGGAGCUCUAUGCUGAGCGCUGGGCCGUCGGCGCCGCUGGGGGGCUCUCCGCGCUCCUCCGCACGCCGCUACUCCGGUCGCGCCACCUGCGACUGCCCCAACUGCCAGGAGGCGGAGCGGCUGGGCCCGGCCGGGGCCAGCCUGCGGCGCAAGGGCCUGCACAGCUGCCACAUACCGGGCUGCGGGAAGGUGUACGGCAAGACGUCGCACCUCAAGGCGCACCUGCGCUGGCACACGGGCGAGCGGCCCUUCGUGUGCAACUGGCUCUUCUGCGGCAAGCGCUUCACGCGCUCCGAUGAGCUGCAGCGGCACCUGCGGACCCAUACCGGUGAGAAGCGCUUCGCCUGUCCUGUCUGCAACAAACGCUUCAUGCGCAGCGACCACCUCAGCAAGCACGUGAAGACGCACAGCGGCGGUGGCGGCGGCGGCUCGGCCGGUUCGGGUAGCGGCGGCAAGAAGGGCAGCGACACCGACAGCGAGCACAGUGCCGCUGGCAGCCCGCCCUGCCACUCCCCGGAGUUGCUGCAGCCCCCGGAGCCCGGGCACCGCAAUGGCCUAGAGUGACGCCCAUUCCGUGGCUGCCCAUCUCCUCGACCCCCUCCCGUCCCGGUCCGCUUGGGCCCCGUCUGCCCCAGCCUCUGUUCCAGCCUCUCUCCACUGCAUCCUGCUCGCACUUUCUCUUUCUGUCUCUUUCUCUCUCACUUAACUCAUUCUGUGACUUUACUUUGUAAAGGGCAUAUGGACAUGUAAGUAACAUGCUCUCCUGGGCCCUGGCUUUCCCUCUCCACCAGGUAACACUGUCAGAGCCCCGUGAAGCCGUAACCGCUGGGUCUUUAUUUCUCAUCCUCUCCUCGUCCUCUCUCUGCCAUCCCCAGGUUGUGACGGGCAUAUCUUUUAGAGGGAAGCGGCCGGUGGAGGUAGAGCUGGACGAGCAUAGUGCCUGGGAGACCGGGGGCCUAUGCACGAGCGGGAACAACUCCGCUGAGCAAGGUGGAGCGACGCCGUGGGGAGGGCAAGGCAGGAGGCCCGGACAGGGCAUUCCCGCUGGGGCAGCCGCCCACUGGGUUCCGGAACCUCAGUAUCAGGGGGCUCGGCAUCGGAGAGUCCAGCCUGGCCGCUGCGUGCCGCUGCCCUCUUUGCGCAGAGCUGUUGCAACUGCGUCGGGGUGCCCAUCUGGCGGCACCAAGACCCGAAGUUUGCGGAAUUAGCUCUCCCAACGUCAGCUCUGCCUCCUUUCCUUUGUUCCCUGAGGUGGAACCGAUUCAAGUUUCAGCUAAGGGCAGUCUUGGCGAAUCGCUGCAGCAGCCUUCUUUCAUCUUUAUAACAUUUUUUUUUUAACUAAAAAACUAAAGAAAAAAAUGACAGCAUUCUUCCACUUCGUUUCCCUUCUAGAUAGUUUUUCCUCUAAGCAGUGAGCAAGUCUUUCUCUCGAAACUGCUAAUAUCGAUCCCAAAGUUAUUUUGAUUGCAUUAACUUAACUUAUGGGGUGGGGGUGGGGUGAGGGUAGGUGUCUUUUUCUUAUGCAAAAAUACCCCUUUCCGGUGAGACCAGAUUAACUAUCUCCGUGUUUGUCCUUUUCUACCUCGUUUUUCACCGCUCCUGAGCAUAAUCUCCCAAUCUUUUUUUUGGUAGUCCAGCCAUCAAUUUGUAUUGUACCCAUUUCUGUAAAUUCUUGGAAUUCAUUCAAGAUUCUUAGGGUUAAACUUUUUUGUGUGUGAUUUAAACUUAUAAACACGUGAAGAAGCUAUCGUUUAUUUAAGACGAGGCUGUAGUUUAAAUGCCAAAAGAGGGAAAAUAGGAAAAAAAAAACCUUUGUAAAAUAUAUCUGAACCUAAUGGUUUGUACAACUGGAGAAUCGUUCUAGAUUAGUUACCAAUUAAUUAUAACUCCACCAGUGUAUGGGUGUGAGGUGCAGCUGUCCAGGAGACGAUUUUGUAUAGUAUUUUUCUUGUACAUUACUUCCAGUAAAUAUUUGAAAAUAUAUUGAAGUAAAGUUGAUUUUGUCACAAAAAAUAUUAAGAGUUAUUGUUGCAGUGCUGAAGAGCUGCAGGUAUUUUGAACUCACUUCUGGAGGUGCAGAGCCACAAACGCACUUUCGGGGCUUAGUUUUGCUCGAAUAUGAAUUUAGAUAGGUAUCAAACUGUAACUACGACAAUAUUUGAUAAAUGUGGGAUGACAUUUAAUUUAAUGGAGCAUGUACUUAUUUGCAUUUGCUGGCAGUUCAGGCAUAGUUAAAGUGAGAGUUCUCCUAUAUUUCAUAAUAACUGGGUCUGCCAAAACCCAUGUAUUAAAUAAAUUGUCCAAGUGAAACUCAA